GCCGGAGGGGGUUGUUCUUCCGCGGCACGCGCAGCAGCCGCAGCCGCCUCGCGCCGGGUUCCUCCUUUGCAGCACGAGCCUCCGCGGCAGCAGCAGCAGGAGCCAGAGCCCGAGCAGCCUCUGCCGCCGCCGCUGUCCCGCGGACGUGAUUGGUCGGCCCGCCGCCCGGGCUCGAGCCGCCGCCGCCUUCGCCGCGCGCGCCCUCCCCGCCGCCGACCGCAGCCCCGCAGCCCCGCAGCCCCGCAGGAGCCGGCCCGAGCCGCCCCGUGAAGAUGGUGGACCGCGAACAACUGGUGCAGAAAGCCCGGCUGGCCGAGCAGGCGGAGCGCUACGACGACAUGGCCGCGGCCAUGAAGAACGUGACAGAACUGAAUGAGCCGCUGUCCAACGAAGAAAGAAACCUCCUCUCUGUGGCAUACAAGAAUGUGGUGGGGGCUCGGCGUUCCUCCUGGCGGGUCAUCAGCAGCAUCGAGCAGAAGACGUCUGCCGAUGGCAAUGAGAAGAAGAUAGAGAUGGUGCGCGCCUACCGCGAGAAGAUCGAGAAGGAACUGGAAGCGGUCUGCCAGGACGUCUUAAGCCUGCUGGACAACUACUUAAUCAAGAAUUGCAGCGAGACCCAGUAUGAGAGCAAAGUCUUCUACCUGAAGAUGAAGGGGGACUACUACCGCUACCUGGCUGAAGUGGCCACGGGAGAGAAGAGGGCGACGGUGGUGGAGUCCUCGGAGAAGGCCUACAGCGAAGCCCACGAGAUCAGCAAGGAGCACAUGCAGCCCACUCACCCCAUCAGGCUGGGCCUGGCUCUCAACUACUCCGUUUUCUACUACGAGAUCCAGAAUGCUCCAGAACAGGCCUGCCACCUGGCCAAGACCGCCUUUGAUGACGCCAUCGCCGAGCUGGACACCCUCAACGAGGACUCCUACAAGGACUCGACUCUCAUCAUGCAGCUCCUCCGGGACAACCUAACGCUCUGGACCAGUGACCAGCAGGACGACGAUGGCGGAGAAGGCAACAACUAAGACCCCGGGUGGACUGGCAGCCGCACGCUGAUGCUACUAUUGCAGUCUUUAUUUUUUUUCCCACAAGUUGGGGGGGGUCGGGUGGGGGAGGGGAAGGGAGGGGGUGACCUUCCCCGGGGAGGAACCCACGGCCUAUCUUUGAUUGCCUCUUUGACAUUUUUGCCAAAAUACCACUAGUGGAAAGUUGGGCUGGCUGUGCUGGUGUGGAGUGGCAGCCUCACACUGGCAUACGGACUGUUCUGUAGAUUAAUCCGAGUGGAGCUGUCUUUGAUUUAACUUAUUGCUAGUGAUAGGGUUUAAGACGAAAAAACAGCUUGAAUGGAUUGGCCCUCAUUUGAAUAAGUUCUGUGGUUCCAGUAAGAAUCCUGUUUUUUGUUUGUUUGUUUUGAAUGUUUGUGUGCUCGUGUCUUGAGUUGUGGGCACUGUGUGUAGUCCCUGUGUCGUAGUGGUGUAUCUUGCAGGGUGCACGCUGCCCGUCCUGGCAUCGCUUCAAUCCCCUCGGUGUGGCGGCUCAUUUAGCCUUAAGACUUGGGCCACGUUAGCUCUUCCGAGACGCCCCUUAGCUUUGCAGUAUUGACACUAAGUUACAGUUUACAGUAUUCUAUGUGACAGCCAUACGUGACAUCAAGCCAUCUCUCGUGUCUCCUCAUUUGCUUGGAUGUUGGUGUUCUUUUCUUCCCGAGCCCUGCUUUCCACCUUGCGGGCCCACCGACUCGCCCAAGGGGUAGCAGAGCCGCCCUGUCUUGGGGCUCAUGGGUAAAGAACAGGUGCUUGGCAAGUGGCGAUGGAACUUUGUUCUGUUCUUUUUAUUUUCUGCUGUUUACUCCACCAAAAAUAGUUAAGACAACUUUAAUAGAAGUAGUUUGGGGAGAGGGAUUAAACACCACAAAAAAAAAAAAGCAGAGAGAAUUCAGGUCUGUGUGUCACGUGCCGUGUUGGUGUUUUCCGAGAUGACGCCACGGCUUCUUCCUCAGGGAUUCCACUGCCAGUCCCCUUUCACACUUGACUCUCUCCCACUGUACCUUUGUCCCACGGCACUCGGUCACCUGUUGGGUUAUGUGGAGGCUUGGUGACCACCUGAAGAGGCUGGGGUAGGUAGAGUGAGGGAAACUUCAGGUGCUAGAAGCCCAUUUGGUAGAGAAAUCCACAAUGGAAGAGCAAGGUUCGCAUGAACACAGCCCUAUGAAAUUUAGGGAGCCCUGGAACUGCCUAUUCUUUCUUUCUCUUCAUCAUUGAAAAAAGAGAAACGUCUCCCCUCCCCCUUCUUCCCCACCCAAGUUCUUUUAUUUAGGCAGGGAGAAAAUAAAUUGGACCCAGAUCAUGACUAGAUAUCACUUGCUUUUAUUUGACUUAACGACUUUUUUUCUUUUCACUUUUCCAGCUUUUAAAAAAUUAAAGCGUGGGAAAUUGGAGGUUGACUGCCAGUCCCUUCUCAUUUAUUUAGUCAGUCAGUCACCAAGCAUUGAUUGAGCGCCUACUGUGUGUCAGGCACUGUGCUGAAUGCUGGAGAUAGAGCUCUCUUUGAUUGGGAUAGAAGGAAAACGCAGGGCUCUCGGCACCAGUAAUUGGUUUCCAGUAAGCCUUGAGUCCCUUCUCCUUUUGGAGAAGCCAGUCUAUAAACAUGAUAUAUCAGUGUUGCUUAUAUGUUAUGUUCAGUGAUUUUCUUUUGGUAAAAAAUGGCUAUAAUGUGUCUAAAGUCUUAUGGUCACAGAUAUUUUGGUUUUUGUCCCCUUGUUUAAGCAGAAUAAGUAAUUAACUGAAUGAAAAAAAUGGCUGACAAAUGUUUCUGCUAAAUUUUUAUACCAAAAUUGACUUUAUAAUCAUGAAAACUGGACCCAAAUGCCGAUGAAGUCAGAAGAAAUCGUUCUUCUAACACAGAAUAAAUGUAUUCCCUGUGUAACACCACACAGUCUCCCUGAAAGUGACUCCCUUUAGAAGUUCAUCUCUGUGAACUAGAGGGAAAAGUCUGAAUUAAAUGACCCCCACUGAAAGGACAGAUAGGAGAAACCUGGAUUCCUGCAGAUACUGCCAGCUGAUAUUUUGAAUAGAUGCCAUGGAGUGGAUGAGAUGGGGGUGAGGGGGGGGGAGAUGGGGUGUGGUUCUAUUUUACUUUAAAGUAAUUUAAAUUCAUGUUCAGACGUGAGCAGUGUUGUCCCUACCUGUAUGACUUGGAAGUAAUUUACUGGAAUUACAAAACCUAUUUUUUUUUUUUUAACUUCAGCUUUGGCUCUGGCUGCUUUUAGCGAACCCUUCAGACCAUGAUCACACAGAGGCUGGGACGAGUGGGGGCGGGGAUUGGAUUCUUAAGCAGCUUCAUUGAUCUUUCUUCCUCUUUGUUUUUUUUUUCUUUUUUCCUUUUUUUAAGAAAUGCACUUGCCUAUGAUACUGUUUCUCCAGUGAAAUGACUGCUCCUCCAUUACUCUAUCGAUACCAUAUUGUGCAUGCUAGUGUUGUAUUUCUAUACAGUAGCUUGAGAUUUAUUAACUUAUACUGUAGAUGUUAUGUAUUCCUAUGACAAAAAAAAAUUAAGUCUUCAAAAAAUUUUUUAAAGUUUUUUAAUUUAUUUUUUUCUUUUGGGGGUAAAGUUCGCUCUACCAAAUAGUGAUCGUAACAAAUUGAUCUGUUAUGGAUGUUGCUAUAGUGACAUGCAAUUAUAUCUUAUUUUGUUUCUAAAAAGGAAAACAAAGCAAAAGAAGCACCAGUAUUAGCUUAAUCUUAAUGCCUGGUGUUCGUUGUCACAGUGAAAUUCUAACUAUCACGGUGUAGGAGAACGAUGAUUAUGUUCUUGGAAUGAGCCUUCGUGCUUUUUGUCAUGUUAUGCAGUGAACUAUUUCUAAGGUCUAAUCAGUGAUUAUUUUUCAGCUCCGUGUUUCUGUAAGGAAUUAUCUCACACACGGACCAUUCUUAGCAGUUUUCCUCAGUGAUGGAAUAUCAUGAAUGUGAGUCAUUAUGUAGCCGUCGUACAUUGAGCAAAUAAACUUACAGAUCUGAUGUCAGUG